AUGGGCCAGGGCGGGAGGAACCCCCGCAGUGCGGCGUUGGGAGUGUCUGAGGCGCAUGGAGGAGCUGGCGGUCCAGGAGAAGCUGAGAAAGGAAGACUGGAAAGGAGUGCAGUUUAUUCUACUUCAAGUGAUUCUGCCUCCCUUGUGUCCAUGAGAACAUCAGUGCUUUUCCUCAGGAAAUUCAGCAAGACUUGGAGUAAAGCUCCGUCAAAGAAGCCCCCCAGCCAGUCCGGUUCUCGGACGUUGAGUGUAGCCGGGGCUGGGUCAACUGGCAGCACCCUGCACGGAGCUCCUGGGCCAGCCUGCGCCAAGGAUGCUGCUGAGCCAGGAGCCGCUGUGCCCGGCCUCGUUUCUGGACCACUGGGAGCAGCACUGCAGCCCAGGGGAGCUGGAGUCCAGCUUGUAGCAGCCACAGGCCCAGGGAGCUGUGCCGAAAAGUUAGCCCAAAGGCAGACAGAUGCCAGACCAGACACAGCCGGGAACCCGGCCAGGUGCCCCCGCAUGACCCUCGGGGCCGAGGCCUGA